AUGGCCGAACGCGCACCCUCCCCGACCCCCUCCGAACGAGCCCGCAAGGACGCCGAAGACCGCCAGCGCGAGCAAGAAGAACAGGCGAAACUGCCGUACAAAUGGACCCAGACGCUCGAGGAGGCCGAAGUCAGUGUGCCCAUCCCGGGAAACCUGAAGGCGCGGGACUUGGUCGUCGACCUGAAGAAGACGCACAUCAAGGUCGCGGUCAAGGGCCAGGAGCCCAUCAUUGAUGGCGACUUCCCCCACCCCAUCCAGACGGACGACUCGACGUGGGUGCUGUCGACCAAGCCGGACGGGAGCAAGGAGAUCCUCAUCACGCUCGCCAAAGCCCGCGGGUCCUUCUGGUGGGCGCACAUCGUCACGUCGGCGCCUAAGAUCGACACCACCAAGAUCGUGCCGGAGAACUCGAAGCUGAGCGAACUCGACGGCGAGACGAGGGGCAUGGUCGAAAACCGGGCGGAAAUCAUUAGGAUGAUGUACGACCAGAACCAGAAAGCCAUGGGCAAACCCACCAGCGACGACCAGAAGAAGGAGGACAUCCUGAAAAAGUUCAUGAAGGAGCAUCCCGAGAUGGACUUUUCGAAUGUCAAGACCAGCUGA